AUGGCGUUUACGAAAGCCUUUUACGAGCAAGCGUUCGAGCGCAACUUGAAAGCGCAAACAACGUCGAGUGAACAUGUCACGCCUGCGAUGCAGAUGACGCGGACGCAAAGAGCGACCGCGCAGUUCACCGCGCACAGUAAGAAAGAAGUGAAAUUUUUUUUUCUCUCUGACUGCUUGAACGUUUUUGACUCAAUUUUUCUCUCUCAAUACCAAACAUGUAAAUAUAAACAGGAUCCGCUGGGUUUCUUCAAAGAUUUAGCGGCUGGCGGCGUCUCCGGUUCGAUCGCGAAAACCGCAACGGCACCGAUCGAACGCGUCAAGCUUUUGAUCCAAACGCAAGACGCGAACCCGAGAAUCAUUUCCGGGGAAAUCCCGAGGUACACGGGUAUCGUGAAUUGCUUCACGAGAGUCUCCGCGGAGCAAGGCGUGGGGUCGUUUUGGAGAGGGAACACGGCCAAUAUUGUCCGUUAUUUCCCGACGCAAGCGUUUAACUUUGCGUUCAAGGAUACGAUUAAGGCUUUGUUUCCGUCGUAUUCGCCGAAGGAGGCGUUCUGGUCGUUUUUCGCGGUCAACAUGGCGUCUGGCGGUUUGGCCGGCGCGGGGUCUUUGUUGAUUGUGUACCCGCUUGAUUUCGCUCGUACGCGUUUGGCCGCCGAUGUUGGCACGAACAAGGAUCGUGAGUUCACUGGUUUGGUCGAUUGCAUUGGCAAAACUGCCAAGGCUGGCGGUGUUGGUGCUUUAUACAAGGGCUUUGGCGUUUCCGUCCAAGGUAUCGUCGUGUACAGAGGUUCGUACUUUGGUCUCUACGAUACCGGGAAGGGUGCCUUGUUGACCAGGGAUUCUUCCAUGAUUGCGAAGUUCGUCGUCGCGCAAGUCGCCACGAACGCCGCGGGUGUCUUGUCCUAUCCGUUUGAUACCGUUCGUAGACGUUUGAUGAUGACCUCCGGUAAGAAGGGCAACGCCGCCGGUCCGACGUACACCGGCACCAUGGAUGCGUUUGUUAAGAUUUACCAAGCCGAAGGCGCGGGCGCGUUCUUCAAGGGUGCGUUCUCGAACAUCUUGAGAGGUGUCGGUGGUGCGAUGGUUUUGGUCAUGUACGACGAAAUCAAAGCCAUCAUCAACCCGAACUAA